CUUUAAAAAAAAAGCUCAACAGUGAUUACAUCUUAGCAGUUUGAGGAUGUUAGUAACUUUUUCCAGGCACUCUCUGUUGUCCGGUUCUUUUUUUUUUUCUUUGCAGCCAGUAGCAUACUUUUCCUUGCCUUUUUUUUUUUCCUUCUUCAGUGUGACGUAUUGGUGGAGUUCCUGCCCUGAUGUCUGCAGAGAGAGGGAACUCAUACAGCUGUGGCCCUCCGCUUUGAACUGUCAGGAGCGAACAAAAUGAAUUGAAGGUGUAAACAAGAGGAGCUUGAGUGUGUUCUGUAUCCUCACAGGACCGGACCAGGGAAAGGUAGUGGGACGAGGAGGAAGCCAAGAAGACCCGGAGAAAGUGGCCAAGUUGUGCUGCCUGUUGGUAAGGUGAAUGAGAAGGAGCAGCUGAGGAAGAGACGCCUGAGGGGAAACCACUGCUGUACCCCCACCCAGCUGUAACAGGACAGGAUGAGGUACCAAAGCAGGGAAGUGGAUGAAGGCCGGGUUCGCCUGGUGAUGGAGAGCGCCCUGACUGCCCGGGACAGGGUCGGAGUGCAGGACUUUGUCCUGCUGGAAAAUUACAAUAGCGAGGCCACCUUCAUCGAGAAUCUGCGGAGACGUUUCAAGGAAAACCUGAUCUAUACAUAUAUUGGCUCGGUGCUGGUGUCAGUGAACCCAUACAAGGAGCUGGAGAUUUACUCCAAGCAGCAGAUGGAGCGUUACCGAGGGGUCAGCUUCUAUGAAAUAUCUCCUCACAUCUAUGCAAUAUCAGACAACACCUACCGGGCCAUGCGCACAGAGAGGAGGGAUCAGUGCAUUCUUAUAUCAGGUGAGAGCGGAGCAGGUAAAACUGAGGCCUCCAAGAAGAUCCUGCUCUACUAUGCCGUCACCUGCCCCACAUCUGACCACAUGGUGACCCUCGGUGAUCGUCUCCUGCAGUCCAACCCUGUCCUGGAGGCUUUUGGUAAUGCCAAAACGCUGAGAAAUGACAACUCCAGCCGCUUUGGGAAGUACAUGGAUAUCCAGUUUGACUUCAAAGGCGCAACAAUAGGUGGUCACAUCCUGAAUUACCUCCUGGAGAAAUCACGAGUCGUGCACCAGAACCACGGGGAAAGAAACUUCCACAUCUUCUAUCAGCUCCUGGAUGGGGGGGAUGACGACCUGCUCACCACGCUGAACCUGGAGAGGAACCCCCACAGCUACAGCUACCUGGUUAAAGGAAGCUGUCCCAGAGUGAGCUCCAUAAGUGACAAGAACAACUGGAAGGCUGUAAAGAAGGCCCUGGACGUGAUCGGCUUCACCGAAGAUGAAGUUCAGAAACUGCUGAACAUCAUCGGCAGCAUCCUCCAUCUGGGCAACACUCUCUUCGGGGAAGGGGAGGAAGGAGAAACGUAUAUCACCACUGAGACCCAGCUAUCAAACGCUGCAAAGCUGUUGGGUGUUGAUGGCUGCGCCCUGAAGGAAGCGCUGACUCAUAAGAAACUCACAGCCAAAGGAGAGGAGAUGAUCAGCCCGCUAAACUUCGAGCAGGCGGUUUCUGCCCGUGAUGCUCUGGCCAAGACUGUGUACGGCCGGACCUUCAACUGGUUGGUGGAGAAGAUCAACCAGUCACUUGCUCUGAAGGAGGAAAUCUAUAGCAGCAAAGGGUCGUCGGUCAUAGGGCUCCUUGAUAUCUAUGGCUUUGAGGUCCUCCAGCACAACAGUUUUGAGCAGUUCUGCAUCAACUACUGCAACGAGAAGCUUCAGCAGCUCUUCAUCGAGCUCACCCUCAGAUCUGAGCAGGAGGAGUAUGAGACCGAGGGAAUCGCUUGGGAGACAGUCCAGUACUUUGAUAACAAGAUCAUUUGCGACCUGAUAGAGGAGAAGCACAAAGGCAUCAUCUCCAUUCUGGACGAGGAGUGCCUGAGACCGGGAGAGACUUGUGAUGUUUCCUUUUUGGAGAAGCUGGAGGAUACAGUGGGCGGCCAUCCCCAUUUUAUCACGCACAAGUUGGCGAAUGGAAAAACGCGCCGGAUAAUGAGCAGGGAGGAGUUCAGGCUGCUGCACUACGCUGGAGAGGUCAACUAUAAUGUUAAUGGCUUCCUGGACAAGAACAACGAUUUGCUGAACAGAAAUCUAAAAGAGGUCAUGUGCCAGUCAGAAAACCAGAUCCUAAGUCACUGCUUCCGCAGAGAGGAAGUGAUCGACCAAAAACGUCCAGGGAUGGCUGCUUCCCAGUUUAAAAACAGCCUGAUGAAGCUGAUGGAGAUCCUCAUGUCCAAAGAGCCGUCCUACGUGCGCUGCAUCAAACCUAAUGAUGCCAAGCAGCCAGGACGUUUUGAUGAAGUUCUGGUGAGACACCAGGUGAAGUAUUUGGGUCUUAUGGAGAACUUGAGGGUCCGGCGUGCUGGCUUUGCCUACCGCCGCCGCUUCGAAGCGUUCCUGCAAAGGUACAAGCCCCUCUGUCCCGACACGUGGCCCAACUGGAAUGGAAAACUGGCUGAUGGGGUUUCUGCUCUGGUAAACCACCUGGGCUACAAAGCAGAGGAGUACAAGCUAGGAAGAUCAAAGAUCUUCAUCCGUUUCCCAAAAACUCUUUUCACCACUGAGGAUGCACUAGAGGCCAAAAAGCCAGAGAUCGCUGUGACCCUGCAGAAAUCUUGGAGAGGCUACAGAGAAAGAGCCAAGUAUCAACGCAUCAGACAUGCAGUUAUUGUGAUCCAGUCUGGAUGGCGAGGGAUGAAAGCACGCAGGAGAGCUAGGAGGCGCCGCGAGGCAGCUGUGCUGAUACGCAGGUUCAUAAAAGGCUUCAUCUACCGUCAUGAGGAGUACUGCUCUGAGAACGACUAUUUCCUGGAUCAUGUCCGCAGCUCUUUCCUGAAAAAUCUAAGGAAAAACCUGCCAAAGAACGUUCUUGACAAGAGCUGGCCAACACCUCCUGCUCUGCUCGUUGAGGCCUCAGAGCAUCUCAGAAGGCUUCAUAUGCAGAACAUGGUCGUCAAAUACUGCAGGAGGGUUCAGCCUGAAUGGAAGAAGCAGAUGAUGCAGAAGGUUGUAGCCAGUGAGAUCUUCAAGGAUCAAAAGGACAGCUAUCCUUUUAGUGUUGGGAGGCUGUUUUUGGACUCCAGGCUUGAGCGAGAUCAAAUCAGCCUAAAAGUCCUCCAGACUCUUGGGAGUGAAAAAGUGCAGUAUGGGGUCUCUGUGAUAAAGUACGACAGGAGGGGCUUCAAGCCCCGCCCCCGUCAGCUCCUCCUCACUAACACCUUUGCAGUGCUGGUGGACAGGACCAAAAUCAAGCAGAGGAUGGAUUACACAGCUCUGAGAGGAAUCUCUGUGAGCUCUCUCUGCGAUGGGAUGGUGGUUCUCCACAUGCCGUGUGAGGACAACAAGCAGAAGGGCGACGCGGUGCUGCACUGCAGCCAUAUGAUUGAGCUCGUGACAAAACUGGCCAUGAUGGCAAACAAGACCAACUAUGUCAACAUCAGCCCUGGCAGCAUUCGGUUUGCCGUGUCCCGAGUCAAGGAGGGAAUCAUUGAUUUCACCAGGGGUCCAGAGCUGAAGGUGGCCAAGGGCAAAAGAGGACAUCUGCUGGUGACUGCCCCUCAGAUCAACGCAGUGUGAAGAUCCAGGAAAAGCGAGAAGAUGACCAGGAUGACGCUGAAGUUUCGGAUUUCCAGCUUCCUGUUUAGCACUAAAUGACUCUUUCACUGUUUUUUUUUUUCUUUUUAAUAACCCGCACUUCUUGUAUGGCUCAACAUCUAAUAUACUUAAAACAUCAAAAACACAGUUUCUUUCACUGCCACAUUCAGGUAGGUCUCAGUGGAUUAAAGGAUCAGGAAAAGAGGUUUUGAUUUUUUUCAGAAUUCAGAAAAAUGAAACGUAUAACAACACCAGCAGUGUUAGGUUUGUUUGGAUGAUUAUUGCUCAAAGUUUAUGCAAAUUUGAUUUUCCUAGAAGAUUGGGGAAAAAAGGGUUUUUCAAUCCAGAAACGCUGCAGCCUGUACGGUAAUCUGCUGACUCAACAGAUAUCCAGCAAACCAUGUUUAAAAGCCUUCACUAAAAGGUUAAACCAUGAAAGGUCAUUUCUAAAGAAUCAUGAGGUUUACAAAGAACCAAGUCUAAUUAAUUGAAAGUUAAGUUAUAGAAAAAAAAACCUACGUAGAAAGAGGCCAGAUUUAAGGGAUUAUGGUCUAAAAGUCAAGAGUUGGAGGGAAUUUCUAAAGCCACCAAACGCUGACAUGUCCACAACAUGAGCUAAAUGUGUAAUUUAUUAGACAUUAGAAACACCGUCCACUGGCUGAAGACAAAUAUUCUCCACAGGAAGUAAUUUAAGACAAUUAUUUAAUAUGUUUUUUGAAAAUCAGAAAAAAGUGAAUUAAAUUGAUAUACUUAUUAUAAACAGUACUUUAUAAAAGACAGAUUUAAAAAUGUGUUUUAAGGAUCUUUUCUAGAGCUGAGAGUCCUCAGAAGGACGACUUAUAAAAUCCAAAAGGUUUCAGGAAUCAGGAAAUGAGUAAAAACUGUAGAACCUAUAGAAAAGUCCAAUCCGCAUGUGAAUGACUAGGAUCAGAUCAGACUACUAAGCAGGGUUAUAUUUAAGGUGAUCUAAAUGAAGGUGAGAAAACAUUACAAUCACAAACAAUAAAGGUUUCAUGAAUCCCAAA